UCUUUCAUCCAUUUUCAUUUUUUUCCUUCACCCAUUUAUUUCCUUUGUCUCUCUCUCUCUCUUUCUUUAUUGUGUUGCUUUCAAUAUUUUUGCAUAAACUAUAAUGGAAUGCAAAAAUCAGCAACCUCAAUUAUCACCAAAAUAUGAGUGUCUUCUCUUUGAUGUUGAUGAUACUCUUUACCCUCUUAGUUCUGGUUUGUCAAAACAAUGCACUAAAAACAUUGAAGAGUACAUGGUUGAAGAACUUGGGAUUGAGAAAGAUGGAGUUGUAGAGAUGAAUCAGUUUCUGUAUAGGAGUUAUGGGACUUCCAUGGCUGGUCUUAAGGCUAUUGGUUAUGAAUUUGAUAAUGAUCACUAUCACAGCUUGGUUCAUGGAAGAUUACCAUAUAACAAUUUGAAGCGUGAUCCUGUUCUCAGAAAUCUCUUACUUAGUUUGCCGAUUCGUAAAGUUAUCUUCUCGAACGCGGAUGAAGUUCAUGUUGCCAAAGUUCUAAGUAGGCUUGGUUUGGAGGGUUGUUUUGAGAGGAUCAUAUGCUUUGAGAGUCUUAACUCCUCUAAUUUAGAUACUUCUUCUGAUGAUGGUUCUGAAUCGGAUUCCAAAACCUCGACAAACAGCGAUACAGAUGACACUCCUCCACCGCUCCCUGUCACUCCAAUUAUCUGCAAACCUUCUCCACAAGCAUUUGAGUUAGCACUUAAGAUAGCCAAUGUUGACCCUAAGAAAACAUUGUUCUUUGACGAUAGCAUCCGCAACAUAAAAAUGGGAAAAUCCAGUGGCCUCCACACAGUGCUGGUUGGAUCAUGGAAUAGAGGGAAUGGAGUUGAUUAUGCAUUGGAAAGCAUUCAUAACAUUAGAGAAGCUCUGCCAGAACUAUGGGAAGUUGAUGAGAAGAUGAAGAAUCAAAGGCUUUCUUCAAAAAUUGCAUUGGACACUUCAUUUGUUAUGGCCUAAUUAAAUAUUCAACUCCUCAUUAUUAUAAUUAACAUAUCUAUUUUAUUACCCCUAAUUAAUCGUGGAGUUUGGAUGUUAUAUUAUAUAAUCCACCCCAUUUGUAAUAAACUAUUUAAAAUAUAUGAAAUGUAAAGCAAAGUUAUCUCUUUCUUUGCUUUUGAUAUUGGGUAUGCAAA